CGGAGGCCGUAUCACAUUUGCGUCAUUCACAUGAGGCCUUUUUCAUGUCAGUAGCAAGAUGGAGGAAUACGCAAGAGAGCCAUGUCCAUACAGAAUAGUGGAUGAUUGUGGUGGGGCAUUUGCCAUGGGAGCAAUUGGUGGUGGUCUAUUUUCAUUUAUCAAAGGAUGGAGGAAUUCACCCCCUGGGCAGAAAUUUGUUGGUAGUUUAGCUGCAGUAAAAACAAGAGCUCCAGUCUUAGGAGGAAAUUUUGCUGUCUGGGGUGGAACUUUUUCAACAUGUGACUGCUGCUUGAUGGCAAUUAGAGGAAAGGAGGACCCUUGGAAUUCAAUUUUCAGUGGAGCAAUUACUGGAGGUGUCUUAAUGGCUAGAGCUGGACCAUCUGCAAUGGCAAGGUCUGCAGUUGUUGGAGGAAUUUUGUUAGCUUUAAUAGAAGGUGUUGGUAUCAUGAUAACUCGUAUGACAGCAGAGCAGUUCAAACCAGUAAUGCCACAAAUGCCAGCUGAUCCUAUGCAGCUGCCUCCAAAACCAGUGGCAUCAAUGCCACCAAAGCAACAAUCAGAGUGGGACCAGCAGCCGCAAUUCCAAUAGAAUGUAUUGAUUAUUAGAUGCUAUUUUAAAAGAUUGGAUUCAUUCAGUUCCUUGUACAUAAUGACCUGUUUACACGAAAAUGCAGGGCCUUGAAAAAGGUUGUUCAGUGGAACAGAAAGAAUAUUCCUGUGGUGAGGCGGAACUUUAGUAGUGCCUUUAUGAAAGUUUCAGUUGGCAAGGUGUAACCUUGCAGACACCUGUUCUGGCACAAGACCGAGUUUGACCUUUGUUUGUUUUGAGUAAAAAUUUCUCAAGGCUUCAUAACAGGCAUCUUUGGGACAAAAUCUAUCAUGAAGAAGCGUCUUUAUCAAAUGGGACCAAAGUUAAUGGAUGACUGAAAGUAUGCUCCCGACUGACAAAUCCUCCUUUGAAACUGAUUUAUUUAAACCAGUUUAAUGCCAUCUCUGUAAUAAGUGCAAAUCUCUCAAUUACUUCCUUCGAUUAUUUUGUGCAAAUUUCUAAUGAUUUAAAGUGUAUUUGGUAGUAGCUUGAAGAUAUACAUCAAACAACAGUUGC